GCGCGUGGCUUCUAUAGGAAGUGGAGUUCUUUUCGCGCAUCUUACGCGUUUUCCUCAAGGAAAAUGGCUACCAGCUGUCAUUUAAUCGGGAAGUGUGGGUUCUAAAGUGACACAGGAUUUAGUGAAAAGUCGUACGCCGCGUACAAGAACCGUUUGGCGCGAUGCAAUUACAUAACAUUGAAAUCGUUUGGUAGAUCGACGCCACUUUUCAUCUACAUGCGGAACCCGUGAUACCUUCUACAGUGCCAUGAAAUUCUACUCCGCUUUACUGUUUACAGUUUUUAUUUUUUGCGAAACGUAUCAGGACUAACGUGUUAACGCCACUUCCACGCUCUUUUAACAAUUUAACCACAUCGACGAUCACAUUGUACAACCGUUUGCCGACAAUAUCAAUCGUGCUACGUAUCAAGGGCCAGAAAUUUUUUGACCUUACUCACGUUAUUACUUUGGGAGCGCAUUAAUUGCAAAGACGAAAAGCAGUAUGGGUUCGAGUCAACAGUUUUCUCUCAGGUGGAAUAAUUAUUUAAAGCAUAUUACGUGCGCUUUUGACACAUUAAGGACGGAAGAAGAUCUCGUAGACGUGACUUUAAGUUGCGAGGGAAAGAGAAUAAGAGCGCACAAAAUGCUCUUAUCGGCUUGUAGUACGUACUUCAGGGAUUUAUUUAAGGAAAAUCCAUGUCAGCAUCCUGUCAUAAUAUUUCGUAAUGUAAAAUUUGAUGAUUUGGCGGCAUUAGUUGAUUUUAUGUACCAAGGUGAAGUAAAUGUUGUUCAGGAACAACUUGCCAGUUUCUUGACAACGGCUGAGCUGUUGGCGGUUCAAGGUCUUACGGAUGGUACGGGAAAAGAUAAUGACAGUUUAGCGGAGGAUGACUUAGAAAUUCCUAAUGAACCUGAAAUUCAACUUCAAAAUACUUCUAGUAAAAAUACAGAUAAGAAGAGAAACAAAUCACCUUCUUCGCCGAUGCCUUACCAUGCCGUUGACUUACAGCCCGACGUUCCACCGAGCAAAAGACGAAAAUGUAGAGAAAACGCAAGUACGAACGUAGAGAAGGCUGUAAGUAAUGCUUUGUCAGCGAAAGAUUCUGAGAACAAAACGUCGGAAAAUCAGACAACGACUAGCUCGGACCCUGUUGAAAUAAUUCCCCUUAUGCCGAACUUGAAAUUGGAAAUGCCUGAAUAUUUAGUACAAGAUGGAAGUAGCUGUAGUUACGAGGAACAAAGUUUAGGGGACAGUUCAUUAAAUAAAAUUGCUAUAGAAGAUACGUCGUCUAAUACUCCCGAUCAUGACCAGAAGCCUGACAUCAGUCAAACAUUUUAUUCAAGUAGUCAAUCUACUUCGGAUAAUUUGGAUGGUAAACAUCAAUCGGCAGAUGUUGGACACUUGCUGUCGAAACCUAGUACAUCCGGGGAAAGGUUAACGCAAGAAGCAGUGCAGGGGGGGGUGGGACGCAAUCGGAAGCAUGUUGGCGAUACAACUGGUCAAGUGGUGAUGCAGGGUCCAGGGCGUUUUUCGUGCAGACUCUGCGGAAGCGUAUACAAGCACCUUGCUUCGCUGACCCAGCACCUUGAAGUGCAUCGCAACCAGACAACCUGCAUCCUUUGUCACACCACUCUCAGUCGUAGAACCGACCUGCGGCGUCACAUGCGCCUGAAACAUAACAUGCAAUUGCAAAAAACGAUCCAGAAGCAGCGCAGCUCGAAAAACGAAUUGGACUCGUAGAUAUUUCAGUUUCGAUGCGCCCGAGAAACGUUGCUUCUCGCUCCGCCCUGGGGUUCCCCUACGUUCUUACACGCCUCGCGGUCCGGAUUGAUCUCUUAUCCCUCGCCGAGCAUCGAUCCUUCUUUUUCUUUCUUUUUUUUUUCGUUCACGACGUCCACUCACAGUAUUAAAAAACAAAAAUCGAUCGCUUCGAUGCUCGCGACGAACGUACCGAUCGAACGUCGAAGCGUGAAACAAGCAAGCUCGAGGACAGUAACAUGGGACUUAAUUUAUUUAUACCGAUCUCAGUUUCGUAACGUCCAACGCUAGUGCGUACUCGUUUGCUCGAUAACGGGCCAACAACUCCCGGAUGAUUUUGGAAUUUUUUUUCCCCCCGGGGGAGAAAAAGGAAAAUCGUUUUGUUUCGUUCUCAUUCCGCGAUUUGUUUCUUUUUUCCCUUCGAUCGCGCAACGUUAUCGAGCCGACACAGCGUCUUCGGCUCCGUAAGGAUUCUAGUCAUUACUGUACGGCGGCUUUGGUCGCUAAAAAUCGUUUGAUUUCGCCCCCCAUGUCGUAUCUUGACACUUGACGCGCGAACUUGAUAUUCCGUGGAUCUCUGUUACGCGAUAAUAACGGUUUGCAAACAAAACUCGAUAGGCGACAAAUAAUAGCUUUGUACGAAGCACGAGAUAUCCAUAUCAAUAGAAUUACAGUGUUCCGAAGUGACUCGUCGCGCGGCUAGAAACUCUGUUCGAAUCUCGCGCACAAUGUGCGUCGACGCGCGCAUCUACGGGCGUCCCGCCAUUUUGGGCGCUCCGGUUCGCGCAACGACAGGCAUUCGAGUUUAACCUCUUACGCUGGAAGGUACCGUGCUACCGCGCGUCGCUUGUUGUGUGCUUGGAAAGUGGGUGAACGACGAUUCAAUUUCCAACGCAAGAGGUUAAAUCUUCCAUAGUGAACGUUCGAAUGUUACACUGACUCUGUUUACACGUCCGGUUGUUCGCGUGCUCGAUUUUUCUUUGCGAUCCAGAUGAAUCUUAGCUGCUUCGAAGGAGCGCAUAGACAGUGCCUUACACACGACUAUCUAGUUUUACAUUUUACAUAUUGACUUUCCAGAUGUUUACCACAGUUGAACGCGUAUAAGAGACUAUAAGAGAACCUACAGAUUUUUAUUGCUUUCGCCCGGUGGCUUCGUGUAAACAUUGUCUUUGUGUAUCAAGUUAAACGGAAACGAUACGGUUCAGGAACUUUGAAACUACGGUCACAAGCUGUUUGUUAAUUUCUCGUAGAAAACUAUUUUUCUAUCCGUGGCAUUUACCCAUCCCCGUUCUUUCGUUUUUACCAUCGAAUCGGAGUGUUGUUUCUAAAUCUUUUUUUUCGUUCGUCGCGAUUGAUAGAGUCGCGUCACGUUAGACGAUCGUAAGAAUAUACGUUGUUAUCGCUAAGUAAUUUAUCGUGUCCCAAGAAUAGCAAGUAAAUCGUGAAAAACUCGUGCGAUGACAGAACGGGAUCGAUUCGCGUACGAAGAUAUUUCGGUGAUUCGCACGAGUUUCGAUGCUCUCUUUCGUGAUCGUUUACGAUGGUAAUGAAAUUUUAUAAAAUCGAGCUUUUUGCCCAUUGUGUAUCGCUUCGUAACUAUCGGUUCCGAUCCCACAACGAUCAAACGUUAUUUGACAAAAAAUCUUGUAUUGUAAGCCCUACGUGUACGUUGCUGUAUUUAUCCCAAUAAAUAAUUAAUAUUUAAGAGAAGUCUAAUAAAUAAUUAUGUCUAAGCGAAUGGUAAAACGCGACGGAGGCAGCGAAAUCGUAAUCGAAACGACGAAUUACGGACAUUUUAAAAAGUUCGAUUUUUCUUUACUUUUUUUUUUUUGCUCGAUCACUUUCAUACACAUUUUCAAACCGUUCACGAUUACUUCUACCCUUUUGUUUCCCCGUAUAAGCGUACGCGACGAAUUCUUUAAAGUUUCAGGCAGCCCCGUUUCUACCACGAAUAGCAAAUUAUACGUUUCUUGAAAGCAAAAAAUUUGACCGUGUUCGUACACGAUCAAGCACUUAGUUUGUAGAAUUGUGUAGGUUUGUACGUAGAUGUUCGCUGUUAAGAAUCGCACGAAGCUUCGUUGGAGAGAGAGCAAGAGAGAAAAAAUUUUGUUCGAGGUACUUUGUAAACGAUCGAUUUAGAAUCAACGCGUUAAAUUGAAUGUUAAACGGAACUUGUACUUGAUUGUUAGAAGGCGUUUUUUCUCUUAGUUCGUAAGCUAUAUAAAGCGACGGUGUGAAUUUGUACCAAUGUCUCGCACGAUAGUUAAACGUGUUAAGGAUAGUUGAUUAAGUUGAAUAAUUUUCACGAGCAAUUUACACGUCUCGUCGUCGUACCGAAUGAAACGAUACUUAAUUUUGUCGUGUCUAAAGAACAGUGCAUUUACGGGAACGAAUCAGUUUGCAGUGAACAAAUUUUUGUCUCACAGGCCAGUAGGUUUCGCGAAGAAACGAUACGCAUAGGUACCAUAUAUUUAUUUAUAUAUACAUGUAUACAGAGAAUUUCAGAAAUACAUAUAAACAUUUAAAAAGUUGAAUCUACAAACUAAAAUAAUUAAAAAAUACCCUACAUACUUUACUUCUCCACUUACAGAAUAGUAUCACGUUCAUUUUCUUUUUAAAAUAACCUCCAAAAGUAAAAAUCUCAAUUGCUUCUUGUGUUUCAUAAAAAGUCAGGAUAAACAGUCCUAUUUAGUCCAAUUAAAUAAUUUACUAGCAAUUUUAGCGUGUAGAUACAGCUCCUCAAAUGUUUACACAUAUUUCUGAA